AUGUCAGAGGAACAGGAAGACCUAAAUCUGAAUGAAUUAGUUGGUAAUCUUCUGGCAGCUCACAACGAGAGUGAACCGGUACAAGACUUGGAACAUGAGACUGCAGACCUAAAUGAAGAGUUUCCAGAGCUUCAGGAAACCUCUGUAGAGCCGGGAAUUGACUUUGGGGAUGAAGAUCUGGCCGCGGUAGUGGCCCAAGCGAUUGGGGGCAUGGAUCAUGUUGCAGAGAACGGAUCUAAACCGCAACAAAUAGGGCACGAACACCGUCAAGACACUGGAAAUGAAGUAUUGGGGGAAAGCUCGGAACUCGGUGAGGUAAACAAAGAGCAGGAAUGGGCUCACAUCUUACAGCAAGGACUUUUGCAAGAACAACUGCCUUCUACUCAAGAUAACGUCCUUUCACGCGCGGAGGCAACUACAGCGGAAGAUUUAGAUCAAGAGGAUGAGGCUCUACGGAGGGCCAUUCUUGACUCGCUUCAGCACAUAAAUGUGAGUGGAGAUGGUUUUGCUGAGGGCAAAAAGGAUCAGAUGCAGGCCGAGCCAACUCAAGCCAGCCGUAGCAGUAAGGAAAAGAAGGCUAGUAAGAGCAAAAGUUCGAAGAAAAGCUCCAAAAAGAAGUCGUCAAAGAAGAAGAAGGAAUCGUCCAAGAAGCAGAAAAACGUCGAAAAAAGCUCUAAGACAGGUAAGGCAGAAGAGAAAAAGGCAGAUGAUGAUCUCUUGAACUUUGAAGACGUUAUCAAGAGUUUUAUGGAUCAAGCCAGUUUAGGGUCCACUUCUACCUCAAAUUUAACGGAAGUCGAUACACGUCGAGCUGCACAAAGUUACGAGUCCAGCGACCCUGAGACACAAGCGCUUGUACAGGCAACGUUAAAAGCAUUCGAAAAGGACUUGGUGGAUAAGUCUGAUAAAUCAAGCCAUGCAUCUACAUCUAAGAAAAAGUCUUCGCUAAAAGGUACGGAGGGCCACAAAAAGCCCGCCAAAUCGUCGACGCUAAAGAACAAGAAAUCUUCUAAGGUUCAAAGCACCAGUACGACGGUAAAAUCUAAAGGUUCAUCUAGUAAGCAUAAGCGAAAGUCGUCCAAGGCUAAAGCCCACGUAUCAUCAGAGCCGGAAGAUGAUGAUUUCUCCAAAGCUUUGGCGGAUAUGGUCAAUCGUGUUGUCAACACUUCUUUAACUGAACCCCAAGGCCGCCAAGAGCCUGCUGUUGCACCUUCUGGAAGUUUAAAUGAUAUGGCGGCUAGCGCAGAAAUAGCUGGUGCUAAUGCUACCGACCAGGAGGAGGGCUUCGACUUGAAUUUGAUAAUGCAAAAUGCCAUGGCCAUGGCUUUCCAAGAUGAAUCACAAUCAGAAUCACAGCGCGAAGUUUCUGAUGAUUUAAAUCGAGAGUUAGGUGACCUCAAUAUAUCAGAUCUUCUUGAGUCUAUCAAAGUGACCAAAGGUCGAAAAAAGGUCGCAUCUAAAAAGAAGCAAACCUCUAUCAGCGAAGUUACCCCAACUUCUAAGAAAGCCGGCGCUUCCACGAAGUCACAAUCUCGCCGAGUCUCUAAUGCGUCACGCCCAGGCUUUGGCUUUACAAGCCAAGAAUUGAGUGCCGCCCUAAAUGCUGCUGGAACUUCGUUCUCUGGUCUUUCUGGAACAUUAUCAUUUCCAACAGCUCUGAAGGAAGAAGCGCAGCCAGGGAAGCUGAAAAAACCUGGCCAAUCACAAAUCUCUACAGAAAAGCUAUUGAGGAGAAAAUACAGCAUUGCAGUUAAUGUUGCCGCAUCUGUUGCUCGUAAAAACAUAAGAAAGAAGAACAGGGAAGCCAGGAAAAAGCUUUUGGAGGCUCGCGAAUCUGCUAGAGCUGAAAGGAAAAGAAGGAAAGAAGAAGAGAGGGUUAACAAAGAGUCAGAGCGAAAAGAACUCGAGGUUAUAGUUUCACGCGGACCACCUUAUCCCUCCGAUUUACGAUUGACUAAAAGUGGCAAACCUAAAAAGCCCUAUAGGAGGUACACACCGGAAGAGCUUGCGAAGAGAGCUGCCGCACCGCCCGCGGAAGAACAAAAGAGUCAAAAGAUCAAAAGGGAGAGGAAGAAAAGAGAAAAGAAGCCCAAAAAAAUUCCGCUGUCGGCGCUUAAAAAGAUACCACUUUUCAACUUUGCGAAGGAUAAGUCACUGCUUGAAACGAAAGGCGGUUUAAAUGACAUUGACGGAACGCUGGCACGUAUCCCGUUGAAAAACUCAGAGUCUAAAGCGGGUUCUGUUGAAAUAAACCUGAGCGGCGAGACGCUCAGGAAUUCAAAUUCGCUACAAACGUCAUUGACUGAGACAAGAGGAGAUCUUGGAAAGAGUAAAGCUUCGAAACCCGGACCAUACGACCGAGCUCAAAAGACGGUUGUGCAUCGCGAAAAAGUCCCAUUCCACCCUCCCUGGAUAAUGCCAUCACAACCUCCCUUUGCAUUACCAGUGGCAAGGAGAAAGAAAAAAGACAGGAGUAAAGGUCACAGCCAUGCCAGGAGGGCAUCGAAGAGCUUGCGGUCGUCGCAUUCCAGAAGAAACAAUUCGACUUUUGUGUCUGGUAAUAAGAUCAUUCCCGCCGCUUUUUUCCCUAUUAUCAACACGCUCAAGGCGGCAGCUAGAUCGAAGACCGCAGCAGGUGCCACUCCCGAGGAGGCCAGUCGUCAUUUGGGUCUCAUGUUGAGACAAGCGAGUACAACUAUAGCGCAUGUGUUAGCUGCGGCAAGGGGCCAUUCAAAGAGAGAUUACGCUUCUAUACGUUCACAAGAUGAGAUCAAGAAACUCCAGGAAGAGGAUCAAGAAAUCAAAAGAAUUCCCUUGUUUGGAAUCAGUAGUUCAAAAGCUGCCGGUAAGCCGGCAAUAACCGACAAUGAGGAUUCCGUUGCACGGGUAUUAAAAAUAUCACAUUCGCCUCGAACAACAACAGAGCCUCGACCUGAGCUGGAAAGUACUUCCGAAAGUAUAAACAUCCCUGAUGAGGAGAAGGAAAAAUCUGAGGUUUUUUCGGCAGCUCCUGCGGAGGAUUCUUCUCGCAAAGAUAGUCCUCUUAAUGCAACAGAAAAAGCACAUGGCAAAGAGGCAAUCUCAAAUACCCAUGUAUCCAGAGAUGAAAAGAAGCCACGUUUUAAGGACAGAACGCAACCAAGUGCCGUUGAGCAUUUAGAUUCGGCCUAUCAAGUGUCUAUAAAACUUGAGGCUGACGAAAAUGCUGUUCCUAAUAUGUCACAGGUGAAGGGACAUUCUGCUCAUAGUCCUUCAGAAGCUUAUCUAAGUCCUGUGAUUAAUUCGGACAUUGAAGUAACUAAGGAAUCUGUCAGGAAAUCGACGUUUAAGGAGCCAUUGAGCUCGGUAAAGUCGGAUGUCUUAAGCACUAAUCUUGAAAAUAUGGUAAGAAACCAGUUAGGUGGAAAGCAUGAAGCAAAUGCGUCAUUGCCGGCAAACUUCGAUACUAUCAUCUCAACCGCAAUAGCAGAUCUGGUAAAACCUCAGGCCAAGCCCAGGAAAAAGUAUACCAAGAAGAGUACGCCGGUUUUGAAUAUAGAGGGAAUUGUACCGCCGAGUCUCAAGGUGGAAGUGGAAGCAGAAGAACGCUUACCAGAUGUUGAGGUCUCCUAUGGCGACCGCAAGUCAGGUCAACCAACUGCCCUAAUAAACGCUCCAGUACGGCCUCUAAAUAUCAUGAAAACCGAGGAAAAGGGCUCUAGGUUCCAUGUUCCAACAACCACAGCGGCUGGGGAAGCAUUGUUGGCGUCGGCAAUGCGCAGGGCCAAGAAGCAUUUAGAUAGUGAAAGCUUGGUUACUUUGAAGAAAGCGGUAAACAAUGAGAGAAAAAGGAAGUGGCGGGAAGCAAAUGCUAAGAAGAAUAAAGGCCAUGACCUUCGAGCACGGUUGAAAAAACGAGCCAAUGCUCUAUUUGGAGAGCAGAACUCUUCUGAGAAAUCUCAAUGGUACGAUCAAGAAUACGCAAAGAGAGCGGUAAAACUUGAAGAAGAACCACGAGAGCUGCAAGUCCCAAGUGCAGAACCCACUACUAGUGUAAGUGAUCCUGAAAUUCUUGCAAUAAUUGCAGAUACUCUUGACAAACCAGAAGUCGCAAAAGCAAUCGAAAAGGAGAUUGUAGACGAAGCAGGUACAAUGUGCAACAACAAACGAGGCGUGAAGAGGCAACGCGGUUCCCAUGAAAUGAGCUUUGAAUCAUCUGGUGUUGGUCAGAUCCACAUUCAAGCAGGCAGAUUCUCACAGAAAGCAAAGCAUUUACCUCCAGUUGAGAAUACCCAAGAACUAAUCGACCCAACCCUCAUUGGCUCACCAAAACGUCAAAAGAAUGAAAUAGCGGCUGAUAUCAAUAGAGAUCUUACAGACAAUAUUGAAAAAGAAGUUGAUGGUAGGAACAAGAGGGUGAUUUCUCGUGGAAGUCUACUCAAAAGACCUGGUUACCUUAAUGCGGAGAGUGAAUGA